UUCAGAUUUAUGUCUUCCUUUCCCGCCACCUGUUCUUCCCUCUUCCUUCCUCAACAUCCUCCCUUCAUUCUCUCUCUCUUCCAUUCCAAUCCCAAUCACAUCAACAACAACAACACAAUCCAUCUUCGAAGAUUUUCUGGUGAUUCUGAAUUUGAUUCAGGACUGUCUCUCACAAAAUCUUUCUACUUCUUCUUCUUUAUUAUUAUUAUUAUUGUUAUCAGCAAUGGAUUUUCCUUCUUCAUUUAAAAAAUCAUUCAAAUCCCACAAACAACACACCCGAAAGAUCUCCACUGGUAGCGCCGACGACGACAUCUACCACGAAGAGCUCCCCAUUCUCUCCGUUGACCCCCACGACAUGACCACCGUCGAUCUCACCGACCGCCGAGAAGUCAUCGUCAAGAUCGACGACAGGGAUUCCUCCUCCUCCUCCGCCGCCGCAGGAGGAGGGCGGAGGGAGGUGGCGGACGACCCGCCGUCGAAGCUGAUUGGACAGUUUUUGAAUAAACAGAGAGCCGCCAGAGGUGAAAUGGCUUUGGAUAUGGAUUUGGAGAUGGAUGAGCUCCGCCACAAAUCGCCGCCGCUCGCGGAGAGCCCAAUUUACGGCACCACCACCAAUCCCAAUCACCAUCACCGAGUUUCAACAUCGAAGGAUUUGAAAGUUUCUUUUCAAUCCCCAUCUUCCGAUAUCGAGCCCGAAAGAAGGCACGAACAUGAAGACACCUCCGAAGAUGACGACGAAGAGCGAAAAAUGGGCAACCAACCGCAGUUCCAAAGCCGAAUUCGCUCUCCGAGUUUGGUCGACCAUGGCGGCGGAGAGGUACUCAAAUGCACGUCGUUUCAGAGGAGACAAAGCAUGCUGAGGACGAAGACAAAGUCCAGGUUGAUGGACCCGACCGGUCCGGAUCCUAGAUCCGGGAAAGUUGCUAAGUCGGGUCAGCUGAAGUCCGGGUUAUUAGGAAGAGGCUCGGGUAUGCUAGGAAAACCACCUGAUGAAGAAGAAGAUGACCCAUUGUUCGAUGAAGAUAUUCCAGAGGAAUACAAGAGGUCAAACCUCAAUGCACUCACUAUUCUUCAAUGGGUUAGUCUUGUUUUCAUUGUUGCAGGUUUGAUUUGCAGUCUUUCGGUUCCGGCUUGGAAGGCCCGAAGAGUCCGGGGACUCGAAUUGUGGAAAUGGACUCUUUUGAUUCUUGUUUUGAUAUGUGGUCGGUUGGUUUCGGGUUGGGGGAUUCGGAUUGUUGUGUUUUUCAUUGAGCGAAAUUUCUUGUUGCGAAAACGGGUUUUGUAUUUUGUUUAUGGAGUCAGGAAGCCUGUCCAGAAUUGUAUCUGGUUGGGUCUGGUUUUAAUUGCUUGGCACUGUUUGUUUGACAAGAAAGUUGAGGGAAACAAUAAGUUCUUGCAGCUGGUAGAUGAAAUUUUGUUGUGUUUUUUGGUUGGAACUUUGUUGUGGCUAGUGAAGACCCUCAUGGUUAAAGUCUUAGCAUCUUCUUUCCAUGUUAGCCAGUUUUUUGAUCGAAUUCAGGAAUCAUUGUUCAAUCAGUAUGUUAUUGAGACACUGUCUGGUCCUCCUUUGAUUGAAAUUCGGAGCAUUCAUGAAGAUGAGGAGAGGAUGAUGGCAGAGGUCCAGAAGCUUCAGAAUGCUGGAGUGGUUGUGCCUCCCGAGCUGAAAGCAGCUGCGUUCCCGUCUGGGAAAAGUGGGAGGGUGAUAACGAGUGGAGGGCUUCAGAAACCGCAGAGAUCGUUGAGCAGUAAGUUUUCGAGGGCGGCUUCAAAGAAGCAAGAUGAGGGGAUACCGAUUGAUCAUUUGCAUAAGAUGAAUCAUAAGAAUAUAUCGGCUUGGAAUAUGAAGAGGUUGAUGAGAAUAGUCAGGCACGGAGUGUUGACUACGCUCGAUGAGCAGAUACAAGAUUCGACAGUUGGGAAAGAGGCUACGACGCUGAUUAGAAGCGAAUGUGAGGCCAAAGUUGCGGCCAGGAAGAUCUUCCAAAAUGUGGCUAGGAGAGGCUACAAGUUCAUUUACCUGGAAGACGUGAUGCGUUUCAUGCGGGAAGACGAGUCUAUAAAGACCGUGUGCCUCUUGGGAGGAUCACCUGUAGUAGAAAAAAUCAGCAAGGCUGCUCUCAAGAACUGGGUGGUUAAUGCUUUUAGAGAACGAAGAGCGCUUGCUCUAACACUCAACGAUACAAAAACAGCUGUGAACAAACUUCAUCAGAUGGUGAAUGUGCUAGUCGCCAUCAUCAUAGGGAUUUCUUGUCUCCUCAUACUAGGAAUCGUAACCAGUAAAUUUUUGUCCUCCAUAAGCUCUCAGAUCAUCGUCGUGGCAUUUAUUUUUGGAAACACGUGCAAGCAAGUAUUCGAAUCCAUCAUCUUUUUGUUUGUGAUGCACCCGUUUGAUGUAGGUGAUCGGUGUGAGAUUGAUGGAGUUCAGUUGGUAGUAGAAGAGAUGAACAUUUUAAAUACGAUUUUUCUGAGAUAUGACAAUCAGAAGACUAGUUUUCCGAAUAGUACUCUUUCUAUGAAGCCCAUCGGUAACUUCUAUCGUAGUCCAGACAUGGGUGAUUCAAUUGAAUUCUGUGUCCAUCUUGCAACUCCAGCAGAGAAAAUUGCUCUCAUGAAGCAAAGAAUCUUAAGUUUCAUCGAAAGCAAGAAGGACCAUUGGUAUUCGGAUCCAAUGAUCAUAGCGAUGAACGUAGAGGACUUAAACAGGCUGAGGUUCGCAGUAUGGAUGAGACAUCGGAUAAACCACCAAGACAUAGGAGAGAAGUGGAUAAGGAGAGCCAUUGUUUUGGAAGAGAUGGUUAAAAUUUUCAGAGAGCUUGAUAUUGAAUACCGCUUGCUGCCCCUUGACAUCAACAUUCGUAACAUGCCCCCUGUAACCUCCACUCGAAUGCCUUCAACCUGGCCAACCUCUACUAAAUGACCAAGGGAGGGCCCUAUUUGGUAUUGUUUUCAAGAUUUUCAAUUUUGUUUUUCACUUUUCUUCUUUUAUUUUUCCUUAUUUUCAUAAAUGAAAACAACAUAAAGUUUAUUGCUUUCA